GCCAUGUCGGCCUUCUCGGAGGCGGCGCUGGAGCGGAAGCUGUCGGAGCUGAGCAACUCGCAGCAGAGCGUCCAGACGCUCAGCCUGUGGCUCAUCCACCACCGCAAGCACUCGCCCCUCAUCGUCACCGUCUGGGAGCGGGAGCUGCGCAGAGCAAAGCCAAAUCGGAAAUUAACAUUCUUGUAUCUGGCCAAUGAUGUCAUUCAGAACAGCAAAAGGAAAGGACCAGAAUUUACAAAAGACUUCGCCCCAGUCAUAGUGGAAGCUUUUAAGCACGUUUCCAGUGAGACUGACGAGAGUUGUAAGAAGCACCUUGGCCGUGUGCUGUCUAUCUGGGAAGAAAGAUCUGUUUAUGAAAAUGAUGUCUUAGAACAGCUUAGGCACGCUUUGUAUGGUGAAAAAGCCCCUAGGAAACGCACCUACGAACAGAUAAAAGUAGAGGACAACAACUGCUCCACGCAGAGUUCUCCAUGUGAACCCCCACAGACUACAGAUCUCAUUAGAGCAUUGCAAGAACUAGAAAAUGCAGCCUCUGGGGAUGCAGCCGUUCAUCAGAGAAUAGCUUCAUUACCUGUAGAGGUCCAAGACGCAUCCUUACUUGAUAGAAUAACAGAUAAAGAAUCGGGAGAGCAGCUUUCAAAGAUGGUAGAUGACGCGUGUAUGUUACUGGCAGAUUACAAUGGCCGGUUGGCGGCUGAAAUAGAUGAUAGGAAGCAGCUGACGCGGAUGCUGUCUGAUUUUCUGCGAUGCCAAAAAGAAGUUCUCACAGAGAAAGAGCAAACAUUGGAAGAAUACAAGCGCAAGCUAGCCAGAGUCUCUCAGGUACGGAAAGAACUCAAGUCGCGCCUCCAGAGCCUCCCGGACCUGUCGAGGCUCCCCAACGUCACUGGAAGUCAGGUGCAUCUUCCAUUUGCCGGGGAUGUUUAUAGUGACGAUUGACAUUCAGACGUUCUGCUGGGAAGAGGAAUGGGUCAGGUUGACUGGUUGAUAUGAUUUUUGUAUGUUUGUUCAGAGUAGCCCUAAGUGUUCUAAUUUAUAUGACUUGUUAAGUGUUGGUUGGUUGACUAUUUUACUGACAUGUGGUGAAACAGGUACUAUGUUUAUAAGAGGCAGCAUCAGUGUAUUAUGUUAAAGAAAGAGCAAUUAUUGUAAUUACCUUUUGUACUCACUUUGAUUAGAUGCCUCCCCCAUUAGAAAAUGGUUUCUACUUUUAUUUUUCCUAUGUACUCCUUCUCAUAGUUCCAU